CUUGCAAAGCCCCUCAUUUUGGCAGAAAUCACAAUAUCUAUUAGCCAUAAAUCAAGAAGAGAGGCAUGAAAAGAGGCAAGAACCAAACUCCUCACAAGGGUGUCAAGAGAGGUGGCAGCAAAAGAAAAUACUGGAAAGGCAGUCUGAAGAGUAGGAAACCCGGUGAUAAUGCCAAUCGCAAUUGCCGCUCCCGCUGUUGA